GUGAAGAAUAUCAUUACUGGAUGAAUUUGUGUGAGGAUGGAAUCACAACUAUAUUUGAAAUGGGCACACAUUUUAGUCAGUCUGUGGAACAUAGAAGCUUAAUUAUGAAGAAACUGUCACACACAAAGGAAACUGUAAGCAGUUCCUGCAAUGACCAGGCCUGUGGCCCUGAAUUGUCAUCUGCAGUUCCUGUUGGUGAUACGUCAACAUUGGGAGGUGCCAGUCUCAGUGUUCCAUAUCCAGGGGUGACCUUCUAUGAAGGUAUCUCAGAGAGCAGCUUGGAGAGGCCAGAAGAGAGUAUUAGCAAUGAAAUUGAGAAUGUGAUAGAAGAAUCCACAAAACCAGCAGUGGAGCAGGUUGCAGAAUUCAGUAUCCACCUUUUGGGGGAACAAUACAAUGAAGAACUACAGGAUCCCUCCAGCUUUCACCACCAGCGCCUUGUAGAAGAGUUUAUUUCAGAGGUGGAAAAUGCAUUUACUGGGUUGCUGGGCUACAAGGACAUUCAUGUACUUGACUUUAGGUCCCCUAAGGAAAAUGGCAGUGGCAUAGAUGUUCACUACGCAGUUACCUUCAAUGGUGAGGCCAUCAGCAAUACCACCUGGGACCUAAUUAGCCUUCACUCCAACAAGGUGGAGAACCAUGGUCUGGUGGAAUUGGAUGAUAAGCCCACUGCUGUUUAUACAAUUAGUAACUUCAGAGAUUAUAUUGCUGAGACACUGCACCAGAAGUUUUUGCUGGGGACCUCCUCUUUGAAUCUGGAUCCUGACUCCCUUCAGCUUAUUGAUGUGAGAGGAGUUUUACUUCCCCAAAGUGAAGACCAAGUUUGGAACACCCAAAGUUCAAGUCUUCAGGAAACCUUACCAUCUUUUCUGGAUAAUACCCCUCAAGCUGAAUGGCCCUCAGCAGAUGAAUUCACCACGAGCAGUAUUUCACCACUUGAUUUCAGCUCUGGUCCUCCUUCAACCACUGGCAGGGAACUCUGGUCAGAAGGCCCUUUGGGUGAUUUAGUGUCUGCACCCAAAUUAGCUUUUCCCUUGAAGGUGAGCCUCAGUUCUUCCCCAGAGGUUUUAGAGGUUAGCAGCUUGACUCUUCAUUCUGCCACCCCAGCAGUGCUUCAGACUGGCUUGCCUGUGGCUUCUGAAGAAAGGACUUCUGGGUCUCACUCAUUAGAAGAUGGAUUAACUAAAGUUAAAGGGUCAGAAGAUUUUCUUUCUAUUGAUCCACUGCCUUCAAGCCCAUUUAGUCGUCCUGUGCCAAAAGAAAUAAUACCAUCCAUGGAAGACUCUGGGGUGUCUUUGACAUCCUCACCAUAUCCGGUCUCCUCUGUCACAUUCGAUAUUCUUGCUAAAGAAGUAACACCUUUUGGCAUGGACUCUUUGGCCUCCAAAGUCAAAGGCCAAUUAGAAGUGAGCACUUGGAUGCCAGACACAUCUAUGGAGAAAGAGUUCAUAUUUGAGAGUGGUUUAGGUUCAGGGUCUGGGCAAAAGGUAGGUCUGAUUACUUGGCCAUGGAGCAAGACUUCAUUAGAGAAGAGCACUGAACCAUUUUCCAAGUCAUGGCUUGAAGUUGAGGAUUCAGAGGAUUUACUUUUGCCAACUGAGGAUAUAGAUGAGAAACUAGUUAUAGAUGACAGAAUAGAUUCCAUAGAUGAAAGUACUGAGCAUUCAAAAUAUGAGCAUUUUGAUAGAUCCAGAAGCUUUGCAGAGGAUGAGACUCUUGGUGGACCUACUGUGUCCAUCUUUGCAGAGACCACAACUCAAUCUGCAUCUCCAGUUCUAUCCAAGCACACAUCAGAAGUACCUGACAUUGACUAUUACUCAGUUACCAAAUCACCUCCUCUACUGACAUCUGCAGCAAUCUCUGCUUCUACUGAUAAACCAGUUCAAGAAGAACCCUUUCUAAAGAAGGAUAUGGAACAAACUACAGAGUCAUCGAACCGUGAAUGGUUUGACAGCAAGAUUUCAGUAGUGAAGCCGGAUGUGCAACCUUUGUGGACCAUAUUGCCAGAAUCAGAUGUAGUUUGGGCAAGAACUUCUUCCCUAGGGAAACUGUCCAGAGACACAUUGGCAAGUACACCACAGAGUACUGACAAGCUCUGGUUGAAAGCUUCCAUGACACAGUCUACCAAAUUGCCUUCAACCACAAGUUCCACCCUGCUGGAAGAUGAAGUCAUUAUGGGCGUACAGGAUAUUUCAUUAGAAUUGGACCAGAUAGGCACAGAUUACUAUCAUCCUGAGCUAAUCCCAGAGGAAAAUGGCAAGGUUGGUGGUUAUGUGGAAAUGUCUACAAGUAUUCACUCCACAGAGAUGGCUAUUGUGGCUCAGCCAACAAAAAGUGAUGACUUGAGUCAUACCCAAGCCGCAGGAGCUUUGGUGGUUUUCUUCAGCCUCAGAGUGACUAACAUGAUGUUUUCAGAAGAUCUGUUUAAUAAAAACUCUUUGGAGUAUAAAGCCCUGGAGCAAAGAUUCUUAGAACUGCUGGUUCCCUAUCUCCAGUCAAAUCUCACUGGGUUCCAGAAUUUAGAAAUCCUGAACUUCAGAAAUGGCAGUAUUGUGGUGAAUAGCCGAAUGAAGUUCGCCAAGUCUGUCCCUCCUAAUGUCACCAAUGCUGUAUACGUGAUUCUGGAAGACUUUUGCACCACUGCUUACCAAACCAUGAACUUGGCUAUUGAUAAAUACUCCCUCGAUGUGGAAUCAGGUGAUCAAGCCAACCCUUGCAAGUUUCAAGCAUGCAAUGAAUUUUCCGAGUGUUUGGUCAACCCCUGGAGUGGAGAAGCAGAGUGCAAAUGCUACCCUGGGUACCUGAGUGUGGAAGAACUGCCCUGUCAGAGUCUCUGUGACCUACAGCCCGACUUCUGCUUGAAUGAUGGAAAGUGUGACAUCAUGCCUGGGCAUGGGGCCAUUUGUAGGUGCCGGGUGGGUGGGAACUGGUGGCAUCGAGGUGAGCGCUGUGAGGAGUUUGUGUCCGAGCCCUUGGUGAUAGGCAUCACCAUCGCCUCCAUGGUUGGACUCGUCCUCAUUUCUUCUGCUUUCGUCUUCUUCAUCAUCAGGACUUUUCAAGCUCAGUACGUUAGGAGAGAAAGAGAGAGACCCUUCAGGCAGCCUGACAGCCUCUCAUCUGUGGAAAGAGCUGUAAAGCACAACCCCGUGUUUGAAAGUCACGGGGCUGAUCUCGAGCAGUACGAAGGACCCUACCCUCAGCGGCCCUUCUACAGCUCCACAGGCAGAGAGGUGAUUGCUGGUCUGAGCAGGGAAGAAAUCAGACAAAUGUAUGAGAACAGUGAGCUUUCCAGAGAGGAAAUUCAAGAAAGAAUGAGAAUUUUGGAACUGUAUGCCAAGGAUCCUGAGUUUGCAGCAGCUUUUGUGAGAGAACAUCAAAUGGAAGAGCUUUAACCAAAACUCCUAUUUUACAACUGAUUAGAAGCCUAGAGAAGAUGGAGAUCACUCAUUACCUAUGUCAUAUAAUUAACUUGGAUUUGGAACUCUGUUGGAAGAAGAGUUUUCUAUCAAAAAAACUAAAUUUGGGACACAAAUAUUUUUUUUCUAGUUUAAAAUUUUAGAAUAUAGUAAGAGAUGUGAUGGUUUUUAUACCCACAAAGACCAAAAGCUGUAUUUAAAGGGAAUCAAAACUGAAUGGGGCUUCCCUGGUGGCACAGUGAUUAAGAAUCCACCUGUCAAUUCAGGGGACAUGGAUUCGAGUCCUAGUCCGGGAAGAUCCCACAUGCCACGGAGCAACUAAGCCCGUGCACCACAACUACUGAGCCUGCUCUCUAGAGACCACAAGCUACAACUACUGAGCCCAUGUGCCACAACUACUGAAGCCUGUGCGCUUAGAGCCCGUGCUCCGCAACAAGAGAAGCCACCGCAAUGAGAAGCCUGCGCACCGCAACGAAGAGUAGCCCUCGCUUGCCGCAACUAGAGAAAGCCCGCGUGAAGCAAUGAAGACCCAACACAGCCAAAAAUAAAUAAAUAAAAGAAAUAAAUUAAAAAAAAAAAGCCGGGCCUGGGAGUUGGGGCUGCAUAUGCUGUCUGCUUCUGAGUCUCUAAGGGUGUCUCUUAAUAACUGCGCCUCAGGUUUCCCAGCAGGAAGAUAAGGUGAGACUCUUACAGGAGGAGGUAGGCUUAGUAGCUGAAUAUUUUGUAGCAUGUUUGUUAUUUUCAGGUGGAAUGAGAAGACUUUGAAGUAGUUUUAACAUAGUUUAUGGUCAGACAUUCACCUAACUAAAAUAUUAAGGCUUUUUUGGAUCAAACUGCUGAAGAAAAAGCAGCCUUUUUGCUGGAGGAUAGAUUUAGGCCUGCGCUUUGUGCUUCUACCAGAGUUUUAAAAUUUCCUGAGCCUAUUAAUCAAAACCACAUUAUUAUGUUAAUCAUGUUAAUAUCCUGUUUUUUUAGCUGUGAAGGACAACACAUAUGUAUAAAGUUUAGAGGGUUCUCCUUAGACUACAGACGAAUUUAAUCAAGUGGACAGGGAAGGAGUGGGUGUCGUGUCAAGGGCACAGUGCUAAGAAUAUACUUUGCUGAUUGAUGGGUGGGCUGAGUCAGAACUAAUGGGUUCCCUGACUCUGCUGCUGAUACCUGACCAUGUCCUGGGCAAAUCUUGGCUCUCCUCUAGUUCCUGGUGUAUUAAUUUUGAAAACAACACCGAAUUUCCUCAUGUAGUAUAGGUUAGCUUCUCCUUUGUGAAUACCUUGUAUCUAAAUUCACUCCUGCUUGUAUGAAACAUGGCAGGACUUUCAUUGCAAUUUAAAACUUUUUUUUUUCCUUUUUUCCUUUAUAGAUUGGAAAAGGCCACAUCUCAUAGAAAUUUUAACUGAAAAUGGAAGUUUUCCUCUCUCCUAGUACUUUUUGAAUGGUAGCUUUGGAGGGGGCACAGAGAGGGUAAAAUGACUAUCACUCCUAAUAAUAAGUCGUGUAUGCAAAUACGUUAUUAUUGAUACAGGUGUUUUAUGUUAGAUAUCUUCAUGUUAGUCAAAGACAAUCUUAAACAUUUUGAUUUCUUUCUGACCAGAUAUAACUAACCAGGGAUAGAUUGACCAUAAGCUAAAAUACUUGGUUCACUUUUUUUUUCCUCAACUUGAUGACUGCCAAUUUCACUCAUUAUGAAGACACCAGAAACUAAAUCUCUGGGAUGAGUACAUGCCACAGUAAAGCUAUUGAAAAGUAUUGAAGGUAUCCAGGUAUUUUGCAAAGUAUGUAUGGGUCACAGGUUUUGUGAGUGUGUGUUUGUAUAGGUAGGUAGUUCCCUUUUCCCAGGAUUCUCUUUCAUUCCCUACUCAUAUAAUGGAUUCUCUAAAAGUUCAGCAUAGGUACAAGGCACUGCUGGGGCAUUUUCUCCUGGGCCCAUUUGAAAGGGAAUUGAUAAUUAUCUUUAAAGCGUCGUAAAUAUUAAUGACAUUUGUCACUACUUAAUGCUUAAUUUUAUUUGUAAAACUUCCUAAGAUUUCUGUUGAAGUUUCUCAGCUUUUUCCCCUAAACUUAUUUGUGUUAGAUGAAAAAGAAAAUUUGUUUUUAUCAUAAGUUAACCCUAAAAGGCAACCUUUUGAAUGAAUGCUUGCUGGCAGAGUUCUAGAUUGACAUAAAGUGGAUAUGGAGCAGGUCACCAUGUGGAACACUUAGGAGAAGCACAAACUGGGCUGAAGGAGGAUUGUUCUUUUCCAGAAGCCAAGCAGAGAAGUGGGAAUGUGAGAAUUCUGACACGUCUCUGUCUCUAAUUUCCGUUUGUAUGAACUUUUCAUGCAAGAGCAAAUCUCUUGGCUCUAUAUGAAUGUCUGCUCCACGUCUAUUAAAUGGAAGGAGCUCCUGAACUCUCAGGGAGAGACCUGAGGGCCUCAAUUCAGGAAUAAAGACUUUGGCCCAACUUUGUUAUAACUGAACAAUAGUGAGAAACAUCAGAGAAUGACAUUUCUAUGGUGAAGAUCCACGGAUGAACACAUUUAAAGGGCUAAAAGAGCUAUCAGUCUGACAGGACAAACUACCCCAAAAGAGCUUCUUUUUAUUUUAUUUUAUUUAUUUAUUUAUUUUUGGCUGCGUUGGGUCUUUGUUGCUGCGCGUGGGCUUUCUCCAGUUGCGGCGAAUGGGGGCUACUCUUUGUUGCGGUGUACAGCCUUCUCAUUGUGGUGGCUUCUCUUGUUGUGGAGCACAGGCUCUAGGCGCGCGGGCUUCAGUAGUUGUGGCACAUGGGCUCUAGAGCACAGGCUCAGUAGUUGUGGCGCAUGGGCUUAGUUGCUCCGCGGCAUGUGGGAUCUUCCCGGACCAGGGCUCGAACCCGUGUCCCCUGCAUUGGCAGGCGGAUUCUUAACCACUGCGCCACCAGGGUUAAGAGCUUUUUAAAAAAGCUCUCCCCAAGGUAAUUUAAUGGCAUGUAGUCAUCUAAAAGUAUUAGGAUAAGCUCUUAUUUAGGCUGUGUGAUUGAGGAAUGAAAUGUUCUGAUUAUUAGGACAUUCUUAUUGAUCUAGCAAUAUAAUAUUUAAUACAACUGUCACCUUAUUUAAAAAUAAUAUAAUGCAGUGCAUGGUAAAGAACUCAAACUUUUUUUUUUUUUUUUUUUGGAUUCAUAGAUAUCACCUUUAUAGUUGAGUAUACAACCUGAUUCUUAUUUUCAUGGGUUGUGGAUAAUGGGGAAUUUAUUUGAUAAAUAGGUCUCCAUUUCCACCAUGGCAAUGUUUUAAGGAUAUUUGUUCACAUUUAUGUGCCCAUUAAAGUCCCAUUUACUUUACAUAAUAAAACAAGUGCAGGUUUUACAUGAUUUUAUUCCCACCUCUUCUUUUUUGUCCCUGCAGUAUCUGGUCAUCAUGGCUUGGCUGUUCCCCUCCCCCUGCUUUUUACCACAUAGUAAAUUUUAAUAUAGUUGAACAACCUUGACUUAAUAUUACUUCUGACAAAAAGAUGAAAAUUGCAUAAAUAUUCUUUGUAGGCUCUCAAACCAUGUUGGCUCAAAUACAAUACCUGAUUUAGUUAUUUACUUGCAUGCUUGUUUUAUAAGUUUGCCUUCUUCCAUUUCAUGAGUUUUAGGCAGCUGGUAUCUUUGUGUCAUUUCCAUGUUUUCAAUAAUGGAUACUUUGACAUCUAUCAGCCCGUGAAUUGAAUUUUCAUUUUGAAAUGGGAAAAGAAGGUAACAUAUUUACUCCAUAAGAAAACUGCUGAUUUAGGAGAAUAACUUAUCUUUAUUAAAUUGAGAUAUUUUAGCCAAGGAAAAUAUGGGUCUUUUUUUUUUUUUUCCUCUUAAAAUGUUUCUAACAAUUCCCAGUAGGAUGGGUGGGGCCAGCCUUUCAGAUUUACAAUCCAGCUGCAGUGAGUUAUGCAUCCUAGCUCAUUCUAUUCCCAAGUGUGCAAUGAAUGUAGAGAAAUGGUGUGAAGGUCACAAUCCUAAAACCAGUUGCAUCGUGUUCCACAGAAGAUCCUGGCUGGAGGUGGGAAGGUGAGAGGGUACUAGAAAUUGAAGUAAUGAAUCUACCUAGAAAUUUCCUUGAGUCAUGCAUUUUGUAAAACCUUAUACUAUCCCUAUGAGUUAACAAGAUACAGGUUAAAUCACUCCCCUCAGGGUAAUAAGACACAAGUUAGAACACACAAUUUGUAGCUACAGCCAGGUUUAAAUGAUUCCUUAUCCUGACUUUUUUUUUUCCACUUAUAUAUAAUUGGUUCUUUAGUGAUUAAGGGAAUAAAUAGGAAAAAUGUAACCAUGAUAUCAGAGAAUAAAGGUAUAAUUAUUUAUGUAUUCAGACUGUGUGAUGAUUCUGAAGUGACCAUAAUAUAUGUUCAAUGUGGAGUAUGGAUAAUGAAGGAUUUUUCUUUUUCAUCUUGUUUAUAAUGACACUGUACAUAAAGUAUGGGUCAGAUAAGCUCAUGUUACUGUACUGUUUGCUUGAAAUGCUCUAGUCUUAAUACUAGCUAAUUAGAAAUAAAAAUUUAACAGUC